CUUGGCCCAGACCAGCUCCCCGACAGCUAGGGUCUGGGGCCGGGGCUCGGGAUCCUCGGUCGCCACCCUCCCCUGCUCCUUGCAAUGGUGGCGGCAUGGGAGAGAGAGAGAGAGGAGGACGAGAAGGAGUAGGAGAGGUGGCGGCGCGAAGAUCUGCGCCCAAUCCAGAAUCAUGGUGUGCGGCACGUGAUGCCGGUGACCUGCGCCCGACUCGGCUGGACCGAGAACUGCCGCCCCCACUGCUGCACCUCAAGUGCCGGGGAGAGAAGGCAGCGUCGGCCGCCGCGUGCGAAGAAGAGGAUGGAGCCGGCGGCGCGGCGGGAGGGAAGGAAGGGAUCGGGGGAGGGGAGAGCACGGGAGAGAAGGCACGGGAUAUUUUUCACCCCGGUCGAUCCAGGUUUUCAUCGCUGCUCUCGCUCCCAGAAACCCAUCUCCACCACGAAGAAGCAAAGACCAGCUGAUUCCUGGACCCCCACAGUUAACAAGGCCCACACGUCAUUUACCUAUUGUACCAGUCAUGUAUGUACAAAACAAUCGACGGUUUACCAGGCGCAGCCAAAAAAAAACUGUAGCAGCUCGAUCGGGUGGACCACGACGUCGCGCGCGAGCAAUGCCGCUAGAAUGGCGGGUACUCUAGCAGGCUUUAUAUGUUAGAUUAUGUUUGGUCUGUCUGUUCUUGUCACUAUACUAUCAUAAUACUCUGCCAAAGCUGUAUGACCAAAAAGCUGGGUGCUUCACAGCUGUCCAUUGCUAAUGAGGGCAGUUAAGAAUUUCACACCCUACUAUAAAAUGCACAACACAACUGGCAGAGUAUUGUCGUACUACUAAUGCAUGUGCAAAGGAUUACCAAAAUCCACGGACCGACAGCCAAACUAUCGUACGUCGUAGAGCAAUAAUGCUACACGUUGGCGUACAGCGGUGCCAUGCGGAACACGAUUCCAAACCGCACCUCGCUCGUCAGGCCGCCCUCACAACGACUAUACCCCUGCGCCCCACCCACACGCGCACACCUUAUAGUGCGGUCCGUCCCGUCGCGUGCUUUCACAUCCAUGAUCAGGGCCUGCCUCAGCGAGCUCUGCGCCAGCUGCUGCUCCUGCGUGCUCCCGCCGCCGUCCUCGCCGCGCGCCGCCGACCAAGAGAUGGACUCCGACGGCGCCAUCACGCACCGCAGCGUCGAGGCCAACGGCGUGCGCCUCCACGUGGCGGAGGCCGGCCCGGCCGGCGCGCCGGUCGCGCUGCUGCUGCACGGGUUCCCGGAGGUGUGGUACACCUGGCGCCACCAGAUGCGCGCGCUGGCCGCCGCGGGCUACCGCGCCGUCGCGCCCGACAUGCGCGGCUACGGCGGCUCCGACGCGCCCCCCGGCGGGCCGGACCAGUACACGGCGCUGCACGUCGUCGGCGACCUUGUUGCUCUGAUUGAUUCGCUCGGCGAGAAGCAGGUGUUCGUCGUGGCGCACGACUGGGGCGCCAUGAUCGCGUGGAGCCUGUGCCUGUUCCGGCCGGACAGGGUGAAGGCGCUCGUCGCCCUCAGCGUGCCCUUCAGUCCCCGGAGCCCCGCGAGGAAGCCCGUCGACGGCUUGAAGGCUCUGUACGGGGACGAGUACUACAUCUGCCGUAUCCAGGAGCCUGGGGCAAUUGAAGCAGAAUUCGCACGGCUCGGCACGGAGCUGGUGCUAAGAAAGUUUUUCACUUAUCGAACUCCUGGCCCUCUGUUUAUCCCCAAGAGCGGCUGGGGCUCACCAGAUGAUGAGGUGCCCUUGCCGAGCUGGAUCACGGAGGAGGACAUCAAAUACUACGCGAGUCAGUUUGACAAGUCUGGCUUCACUGGGGCAUUGAACUACUACCGUGCCCUGAACAAGACAUGGGAACUCACGUCGCCAUGGACCGGAGCUGAGAUAAAGGUACCAACCAAGUUUAUAGUUGGUGAUGUGGACUUGUCAUACCAUGUUGCAGGCGCACAUGAUUUUAUUAACAAAGGUGGCCUCAAGAAGUUUGUUCCAUUACUGGACGAUGUGGUGGUAAUGAAAGAUGUCGGGCAUUUCAUAAAUGAAGAAAAACCAGAAGAAAUUAGUGCCCAUAUAAUCAGUUUCUUAAAGAAAUUCGACUGAAAUGAGGAGUAACGAACACAUCAUGGAACAUGGUCAAAAUGUAGAUGCUUGAUGGAAAAUUUGUAUUAAGCCCAUUGUAUUAUUGUGUCGCACAAUUUCACAUAUGUAUGCAACUAUUAUUUUCUUUACAUUUCACUCUUUGUUUAAUUUUUCAUGUCUAGUGCCGCUACCCUGCUUUCUAGUGUGUGUGCUUGGGUUGUUUCUUCUUAACUAAAAUAAAAGUGACAGCGGCUAGUCACUGUCGCCCGAGUUC